AUGAUUUCUCCUAAGUACUCACUAACCCACUACUAUCUUGGUCUCAACACAUUAUCAACAGCCAAAAGGGCACCUCACAUUGUCAAUCUAUACCUCGAUUACACUUGUCCCUUUAGUGCAAAGUUAUAUCUUAAAUUAUUUAAAACCGUUAUACCCAAUUUACAAAAGAAACAUCCCGAUGGAUUUCAAUUUGUCUUUGUCAAUGCACUUCAACCAUGGCAUCCAAACUCCAUCAUCUUGGGAGAAUUUGCAUUGGCUUAUGCUAAAUUAUUGCGUGAAAAUCCAAGAGGAGAUGAACAUGAAUCUUUUUGGAACUUUAACAAAGUUGUAUUUGAGAAUCAAAAACAUUUUUACGAUAAUGCAAAUAUCAAAUUGAACAGGAAUGAGAUUUAUGAACAAAUUUACGAUGUUGUUUCCAAAGAGCUUGAUUUACAUGUUGGUAAAGAGAAAUUAUUGGCUGAGCUAGUAAUAAAGGAAGGAAGUGAGCCGACAAAUGAGGGUAAUGGAGCAACUGUUGAUGUGAAGUACUUCACAAGGUAUCAAAGAACUGUUGGUGUCCACGUAACGCCUACCGUGACCAUUGAUGGGAUAGUUGAUAAUUCAGUUUCCAGUGGUUCAAGUGAAGAUGAAUUGAUCAAGGUGUUUGAAAGCAAGUUGUGA